AAAAGCUCUCAUAUCGAACAACUUCCCUCCGUCCGGUGACGCAUGACCGGCUCCCGGAGCAUCUGGCCAGUACUGUACUCGCCAGUACACGCCAGUGAAAGAGGCGUCCAGUAACCCUCGGUACGACAAGCAAAUGUCUGGAAGAUGUAGAAAAGAUCUACAGGUCUCGCAUUAUUGGGGCACUCGACGUCGCUGCGGACGUAGUAGUAGCACUUUUGGCUAGAUCAACCCCGACCGUAUGCCAUCCAUCCGUCAAGAACUCACCCGUCGAACGCGCACCCUCUGAAAGCCGUCGGAUAGCAUAGUAGCCUACCACAGUGUACCACAUCCAGACAGGGGGAGCUGAAACCGCGUCGCGGGUAUAAAAAAGCUCAAAGUACAGUACAGUAUACGCAUCUGACACCGCAGUCAUACCGCAGUGGCCUACUGCAGAGUUGACAUACUGCAGUCAACCGACCGAGAGCGCACGAAAGCCGUGUACUGGACCGCGGAGUCCAGCUGUCGCAGUCGCAGUCGGAGGGAGGCGUGUGGGACAGGAACAGGGACCGGGACAGGGACAGGGACAGUGCUCGGCUCCACAGAAGUGGACGAGAAAGGCUGCACGGCUCCUCGAGGCGCAUACAAAGCUGACAGGCGCGGCCGGGCCCGGUCUUCUCCUCUGGCCCUCUUUUCUUGCUCUCCUCGCUUGCGCCUGCUCCUGCUGCUGCUGCUGCUCCUCGUCUCGUGGAGUGCACCGAGGGCUCCACAGCCGACGACGACGAUCGAUCCGAGCGUGGUGAAAUCUGGAGGAUCCUGAAUUUCCGACCUGUGUGACAAGUGUGCGGAGCACCCGAGCCCCACCCAGAGCCGCGGAGCCACAUUGCCCCGUUUCUCUGCUUGGAUCUUUCGCGGACCCGGGGUUGGAUUGCUUUACUGUUGGGGCGAGGCAUAAAUUACGAUGCGGGCAAUGGUUGGGGUUCACUUUGAGCAGUGAGGCUGGAAAGCUGGACCUAGAGGCGGGCGGAAGAGGCAGUCCCGUGUGAAGAUUGUGUGUGCGCGGAAGCGCGGUUCGGAAUCCGGAUGUGGAUGUUGGGCUGGCGAUUGUGUAAGACUGAUGCGUGAUCGUCUGGGACCCGGCGUGGGUAGCGCAAAUCUGGGAUUCGAGGGCCGUGGCAGUGAAUUGUCGGGCGGAGAGUGGGAUUGUGUGGAAUUGUGGUGCGAUCCGAGAUCUUUCGAUGAAAGAAGGCAAACUGCCCUUCGUGAUUGAGGCCGAGGAAGUCGAUCGCCUGCACAAAGCUAGCGGAUUGAGCCUUGAAGGCUUUCUGGCCACUCUGGUGGAGCCUACACGGUCGCUCGCCAGAGCUCCCAUCUCGAAAUUCCAUGUGGGUGCAGUGGGGCUCGGAUCCAGCGGUCGCGUCUUUCGGGGAGUGAACAUCGAAUUUGUAGGUCUUCCUCUGAACAACUCCAUCCAUGCCGAGCAGUUUCUGGUGGCGAAUGCAGCUCGGAAUGGCGAGCGUCGCCUCCAAUUCCUAGCCGUGUCGGCAGCUCCGUGUGGGCAUUGUCGCCAGUUCCUCCAGGAAUUGAGAGGAGCGUCGGAUCUCCGAAUUCUGAUUGCGGACUCCAAAGCCGAAACGCAUGAGCUCUCUUACUUUCUCCCUCACAGAUUUGGACCUCAGGAUCUUCUGGAGGACGAUUUCCCUCUCCUUCUGGAACCCCAAUCUAACAGCCUGUGUUUGAAUCCGAGUCCGCAAGAAGCAUCUGACAUCUUAGAAGAUGCCACGAGGCAUUCAGCUGGGCACCAUGAGGACCAUUCGGUUGGAAGCGUAGACCAGUCGGUACAGGGGAUGAACGGCAUGACACUCGCAAUCGCAAAUGGGCAAGGACACGAGGAGAGAGCCAAUUUCUCCGAUCAACAGCUCUUAGAUGCCGCCCCCGAGGCUCAGAAGCUCAUUCAACUGCAAAGUUUAGCUCUCGAGGCCGCCAACCACUCGUACGCACCCUACACCAACUGCCCUUCAGGCCUGUCGAUGAUGACCAGGAAAGGCAAUUUGUACAAGGGUUCAUACUUUGAGUCGGCUGCGUACAAUCCCAGUCUUCCACCGCUGCAGGCAGCAGUUGUGGCCUUUGUGGCCGAAGGAGGGGGACAGUUCGAUGAGAUCUUGCACGUAGCUCUCGUGGAAAAAGCGGGAGCUACAGUUCGGCAGGCCGACACGAUAAAGCUCGUCCUGGACAGAAUUAGCCCCAAAGCUUCCUUCAGGGUGUUCGAAGCUUAGUCUCACAACUGGCAUCUGCUCUCCUCCUGAAGCUGGACGAGUGGGCCUGAAUAUCGAUGGCCUUCUCUUUGUCAAUUUGUACAUAGAUCGUGAUUCAAUAAACCAAUUCAUCCAUUAUUUCGCUUGAUCAAAGUAGCACUUACCGUAUGAAUCUAUCUGCACGGGGAGCAUGAACUCACCCUAACUGUCUUGAUAAUAUAGCAUUGCUGUCUUUGGGGAGUCCAUUGUGAUGACGUUUGCGCAGCAUCUCAGAAGCGGCAUCUGCAUGACUUCCAUAUCAGUUCAUCCAAUUUUAUGACCUCUAUCAUGAGAAUCAUGACAGAGGUGGUCAGAUACCGAAACCUUCACCUGUGAUGAUAAGUAGGGUCAUCAGCAAGGUGAUGAUCAUCGUCAUGAUCACCUUGAAGGGAGACUCGAGACUGGAGAUCACUGGUUGCAACUCAGGUCUUUAAUCGUAGUCAUUUAUUAUAAUUCUUGAUCAAUGACUAAGCUCCUUCAAGUUGAGUGGAAGGUUUGUUUUUUUUCUUCUCUAUUAUAAUUAUUUUCACUGUUCCAAGACGCGCUUACGGUUGUCUCUAAGAUGGGCUUGAUGUGAAGUGCU